GGCCAAAACUGACAAUUUUAUCUGCAACCUCAAAGACUGUGACUUGCUGGUCACAUCUGAAAAAGAUAAGGAAGAAUUGUUAUUUAAUACUUUCUUCACAGGAAAACACCUUCAAAACCAACCCAAUGACCAAGAGCACAAAAUGCAUGUAAAUAAUGAGUUCAGUAAAUUAAAGAAUGUUAGCAGCAAAUCUGCAAGUAGUUACAAUGAAGAUGAUCCGCUGAAUUCAUCAAAUUUAUCUCGAAAUUGACUUUAUAGUUGUUUCUGAUAGCUAUAGAGGGUAGUGAUACUCGAGAGACUGUGGGAUACUGAAGGGAAAGGAAGCAGUUCUAACGAGCGCUUCUCAAACACAAGGAUAUAUCUUGUGAACUUGGCUAUUAUAUAUGAAACAUUUGACACGGAGUUGUAGAGUGAGCUAUGUGCCUCGCCGGGCUAAAGUAGUGGAUGUCCUUGCUGUACAGCAAGUUAAACAAGGAACUGAAACUACUAGGUUCCGUACAGACUCAACUCUGCACCCAUGUCAAUAUGUUCAUUAUAUGCAAGCCUCUUGAUUUAUAUCUACCAGCUGCUGGUUGAAUUGAAAAUCGCUCGUGCAAUACAAUUACACAUGAGCGCUGACCUUAGACCAGCAAUAAUUUCAGCUAGGAGCAAUAUUUUUCCAUGGAACCAAAAGCUGCUGGUAGAUAUCACUCCCCUCUAUCAGAAAAAACUAUAAAGACAAUUUCAAAAUAAUUUUGAUGAAGACCCCCUUAACUGUUGACAAUUUCAUGAUGCGCAAUAUCUACCAUGGGAAACUUUUUUUUCGGUCAGGACAAAAGCAUUUGAAAAUUUAAAUCGAGCUCUACAACAUAUCUCAAAAUCUCAAAAUUGACCUCGGACUCUCCCUCCCUGUGGCCUUAAAGAGUUCAUUAAUUUCCAUCUUUUAUACUUAUCACAUCUUUGCAGUAGAAACUAAAUGAAAAAGUAAUGUGAACUGUCACUAUCUCAAUGGCAAACAUUGCUUGGGUUGUUCAAAGAAGAGAAGACGUCUCCAAUGUAUUGGUGGAUUCGAUACAGAAACUUGGCGAUGCCAAUUUGUUAAGGGACCAAAAAUCAGAACAAUAUGGAGACUCUGCACGUAGCAUUGCUGUCCAAACAUCAACACCUGGUUCACCAAGUGUGUCCACAAAAGAACCCAUUUCACCUCAAAGUCAAUCAAUCGACUCAUCAUCAACAAACCAUGAAUGCGGAACAGUUGUCCCCCGAUUGGAUAUUGAGUCAUUGCAAAAGCAAUCAGACGGCUGUGGAUCGUUGGGAAUACCUUGUCGAUAUGUUUGCCUGAACUGUGGUAAUCCUGUGCCGGAUACACCAUCCUCUGGGACAGAUGCGAUUAGCGUAUUCAGUGAGAAGGGUAGCAUAGUGAGCUUCAGUAAGGGGAGUAAUGCCGAAAAAAAUAAACAACCAUUAAAGAAUGCUGAUAAAGUAUUGGACAGUCCCGAGAACGAUCAUUCCUCCUUCAUCUUGCAGAACCUUGGUCUAAAUCCAACCCCUGAUGACAGAAUGAUAUCUGAGGCGGAUGCAGAAUCACUAGAGAAGGGAGAAACAAGUGUUAUCAGUAUAUGUUUAGCAGACCCGGACGAUUUUAAUACAGAAUCCAAUAAAACGGAAACUUCAGAUGAAGACGGUGUGGAGGACAUGGUAAUGCCACCUCUAGCCCUGACCCUGAAACACAGGAUAAUCCCUCCGAAACCAGAAGAUAGAGGAAACAACAAACCACAGUCACCUGCUUCGUCAGAGUCAGGUAGCAAUCCUACAUCAUCAGGCUCGGGUUCUUCUCAGAGACCGUACAAAUCUUGCCUCUCCUCCUCGCAAACUGACAGUAACGAUAGCAGGGACCAACGCGACCGGAGAAGAUCGUUUGGGUUCAGUUUGAAGGAGACUCCUGAAGAGAUCUCGGCUGCUAUGCCCACUAUGUACCGGAGAAAGCGAUCGUGGAAGGAUAAUAAAACUUUGGGAAAGGUAGCAAAACCUUUUGAUCGGUUUUUGCGAUUUUUUGGAUUUAGAGGAAGGAAAAACAAACGACCUGGACAUUUCUCAACUUAUGAGUCAGAUUUGACAAUGUAGAGAUUGUGAUUUUAACAAAUUACCCUAGCUUGAUGACAAAGAUAUGUCAUCACUGCCUCCCAGUAGCGUAUGGUAACUAAAUUUACUGUGUAACUAAAUUCACCGUGUAACUAAAUUGACUGUGUAACUAAAAGUGUAGGCAGUCGAGUUGCACAAAUCAUGUGACCCUCAUGCAACGCCAAUAAGGUUAAAAAAGUCAAGUUUUAGCCUUAUUUUGCACAUUACCAAGUGGCUGUCCACUAUCUAACCUUGGCUGGUUUUGUUUUUAGGACUAGUAAGAUGUUUCCGAGCAAUUAUUUUCGAUUGUUAUUAAAACAUUAUUAAAUUGGUGACAAUUGUUUUAAAAUGUUUCUAUUCGAUGGAUUGAUGAUCAUUACAAGAAAAAAGAUUCAAUUAUUGGUUGUGUAAUAAAAUAUAUCAUUCAUGAAAUAAAGAACAAACACAUCAUAAUAUUAUACAUGUAUAGACUCAUAAUAUUAGACAAAUACUCUCAAACAAUUAGUUUAAA